AAAAUCAUGAGCGUUUUAUGGACAUGGACUCAUGGAGCGUUUCAUGGACAUUACAUAUUGCAGCAUCGAUCACUUUUCCAAUUUAAACAAAUUUAUAUAUUUGCACAAAAUUUUCCAAGAUGCUAAAUCACUUUGCGUUAUUGAUCACCACCACGCUGACAAUAUUUCAAGUAGGACAGGGAACAAAACUUGGUGCGAAUUAUUCUCUUGCUUCUGAGAGUGCAAUUUCAUUGACGAAUGGGACCACCAAUUUUACAAUUAACCAGAAUUCCACAACAAAUAAGAAACCUGCAAUGGUGCAAUCAACUGUUGAUACCAACAGCAGUACAAUAACAUCCAGUAACGGUUUUGGAGGGGAUGAUGACGAGAUUAAUAUUUCUUCUUCGGAACAGAAGAGCCAAGAGCAAAAUUUUGGUGAUUUGGACCUUGCAGCGUCCAAUUCAAACCCUUCAUCUUCUUCGUUUGGUAAAGGUGGAAUGCGUAGAGGUUAUGGAGGGACCUUGAGAAGACCUUGGGGGUAUUCUUCCCAUGAAUGGGGAUUAGGUAGAGGUUAACGUAUGUAAGAUCCGUGUACUGAAUCCUAGUGAUGGAUAAAACUGACUGAAAUGAAUAUGAAUUUUGAAAAACUGAAUAAAGUAUGAAACUGCACUCA